UAAUGAUGUUAUUCGUAAAAGAACUCUAUCAUCAUUAUCAUCAUCGUCAUCAAUGUCACAAUAUCCUGAAUCUGAUUAUGUAAAAAUGUCUUCUAAGGAAAAUUUCAUUAAUUUUCGACAAUCUCAACGAUCGGUAAAAGUGAAUACAUUAAAUAAUAAAUUGACUAAUUGUCAACUGCAAUUGGAAUGUUCCACUGAAAUGGAAACUGUCGAUAAUAAACAGAUGUCAAUAAUGAAUUUUUCAACUACUCGUACUGCUGGUCGUAUACGUAUACCUGUUCGUAGUGGUAGAGGGCCAGCUGGACCACCUGGUCCACAAGGACCUCCAGGACCGCAGGGUGCAAGAGGAUUACGAGGACCACCUGGUGAAUCUGGCAGUUUGAAAGAUAUCGACCUAACUAGAUUACAGCUAAGUAAAUUAAAUACUCAACUACAAUCAGUACAAAAUAGAAUUGCAUUUUUUGUCGGUCUUGAAUUUAACGUCAUUGAAAAACCAUUGGGUGAAAAUCCUAAAUUAAUAAUGAAUAAAGUUAUCACGAAUUUGGGUAAUGCAUACAAUCCAGUAACCGGAGAAUUCAUUGCACCAGUAAAUGGUAUUUACAUUUUAUUUCUAGCUAUUUCAGCUCAAGGCAAAUCAAGAGCGGUGGUACGUUUAAUGCAUAAUGAAAAGCAAAUAUUUGAUGUUUGGUCUGAAAGUUCUCCAUGGGCAACAGCCACAAAUCAAGGAAUUCUACAAUUGCAUAAAGGUGAUCGUGCAUGGUUAGCCAUACGUGAUGGAGCAUAUUUUCUACAUGGUUAUAUGUAUUCAACAUUCUCUGGGUAUUUAUUAUUUGAUAUAACUAAUAAUGAAACAGAUAAUAUGCCAUAAUUCGGUUAAUUUUAUGAUUAUUAUUAUAAUUAAUACUGGUAUUAGUCAGAACAUAUUGUUGAAUAUUCACAUUUUUCGAACUUCCAUU